AUCGCGAGAAAGUGUGUUUCCGGAAGACGUGGCUGUUGCUGCAGUGGCAGCUGUCAAACCAAACUCCUCCAACAGCAGCUACUUAAACAUUCUCUCUUCUUCUCUCACCCCUUCGCCCGUUCGCCCGGCGUCAGGAUGAUUUCGCUAACGGACUCGCAAAAGAUUGGAAUGGGAUUAACAGGCUUUGGCGUGUUUUUCCUCUUCUUCGGUAUGAUCCUGUUCUUUGACAAAGCACUGCUGGCUAUCGGAAACAUCCUGUUUGUUGCUGGGCUUUCCUUCGUCAUUGGGUUAGAGAGGACCUUCCGCUUCUUCUUCCAGAAGCACAAGAUGAAGGCGACCAGUUUCUUCCUGGGAGGUGUGCUUGUGGUGCUGAUUGGCUGGCCCAUUGUCGGGGUCGUACUGGAGUUCUAUGGCUUCUUUCUGUUGUUCAGGGGUUUCUUCCCAGUUGUAGUCGGCUUCAUCAGAAGAAUACCUGUCCUCGGCUCUAUCCUAAACCUGCCGUUCAUCAGUGCAUAUGUGGACAAAGCUGGCGAGAGCAACACCAUGGUAUAGCAGUGACUUUUUGUACCCACUGAAGGCUGUUUGAGUGCAGCAGGUUUUAUACAGCAACAAAAUCUCCCAUCGGGCUGAUUUAAAACAACUAGGGUUAUAUGUUCAGAUUCCUCCCUCCUCCAGCAGGCAAAGACCGCUCUCUGUCUUAUCUGUUAUUUCACUGGUCAGCGCUACCAAUCAAAGGCUCAUCAGCACAUCGCAACGCCAGUCGGUUACUAAAGGAUGGAGUUACUAAGGUCACUAUAAUAAAUAUUUGAAGCGCUAUUGAUCCCAUCACCGUUGAACGCAUCUAGCAAGAUAAUGGAGGAUAGAAGAUUUCUUCAAAGGCUCAUUGACUCUGUCUACGUGACUUUCUUACUCUGUGGAAGAAACAGACUAAACCACCACCAGGAUGAGAAGUGGACCGACAGCUCUCCAUGUUUCAUUUUUCUGUGCCUGUGCUCUAACUUUAUUUCGACAAAAGCUUUUUAUGUCGUUUUUUUGUCAUCAACCUUGGGCUCUAUUUUAACAACCUGAAGUAUUUUGGUUAUGUUCUAAUUCCCUUUUGCUUGUUUAAAGGUUUUGCUUGUAAUAUGAAAUAAACCUAUCAGAGUGCCAUCUCCAAUUCACUUGAAAAAGCAGGUACACGUGCCCCUCACUUUGUAAUAAGGGAGAGAAUGUUUCUCUACAAAUGUGCUUUGGCGCAAGCAGACCAAAGCUUUCGUCUCUUCUCAAGACAGCAGAGCACCAACAAUGCAGCUGACGACCCCUCGUUUUAAGACAAACUCUCACAUGGUUGCUCAGAUAUGCGCAACUGCAUUUGAAGAAACUAGCAGAGAAAGUUGCCAAUGCUCCAGGUGUAAGAUAGAGCCCUAAGUUUCAUUUUUUGUGUGUCUUGCAGCUUUUUGAAAUACCAAACGUGGCUAUUGUAAUACUUUCCCUUUGUAACAUGUCAUUUCUGUUGGCUAAUGACUGCAUUGGUAUAAAUUAUUUUAUAAAUGAUAA